AUGGCGUCCCCUUCUGCCGACGACCUGCAGCUCUCCGAUCCCGAGAUCGAUUUCGACUCGCCUGCCCCCGCAAGGCACCCUCCGCGCGCCGAGUCGCGCUACACAUCCGACGAGGCUCGCGAUGAGGCUCUGCGCCGCGAGCUGGACCAGGUGCGGGGCGUGAACAAGGUCAUUGAGGGCGUCAUUGAGAGCCUGGAGAAGGCCAAAAGCAACAUGCAGGCCAGUUCUCAUCCGUAUGCUGCCCAAUUGCCCGUGUCUGCUAACACUUCCGCCUUGCAGACCGUCGACCACACCGUCAAUUCCGCUUCCACGCUCUUGCAGACGUGGACACGGAUCCUCUCCGCAACCGAGCACAACCAACGUCUCAUUCUCGAUCCCAAUUGGCAAGGUGCCACCCAAGAUCUGGCCGAGAUUGAGGCAGACACAAUUGCCCAGCGGCAGGCGAUUGAGCGCCGUGAGCGCGAGGAGCAGGCACGCCGUGAAGCAGCUGCUCGCAGGGCUGAGGAUGAUGUGCGCAAGAGGGCCGAGGCCUCCAGCCGGCCGAGCAGCGCAGCGAGCACGAGGGGCCGGAGGGGCGGAUUGCGGGGAAGAGGAUCGGCCAGUUCCACCAAUACUGGUCGGACCACCCCCGGGGGCUAUGUCGGUGUUGGUGGGCAGAGGGGUGUAGGCAGAGGGCCCGCCGGCGGAAGGACUGCAAGCGGUAUCGGCCGGGGCGGUAUGAGAGGAAGAGGACGCGGUUGA